AGUGUAGGUUAUCUUGGUGACCUGAAUCAUGGAAGCAAAAGCUGCAAGUAGGGGUCCUGAUAUGGCGACUGAAGCAGUCCUGGUGAAAUCAGAUCCUCUUCCACCUGGCACUCCUGUGGUAAAAGGUCAGGGUUUCAUAUUUCCCUCAGGUUAUGAUUUCAAUUUGGGACUUGACUACGAUGCCCUCCUAGGCUCAUUACGGCAUGCUGGCUUUCAAGCAACAAGUUUUGGAUUGGCUAUUGAUGAGAUCAGCAAGAUGAUUGCUGAGAGGGAUAAACCACUCCCAGAAGAGUAUCAAGUAGAGUGUGAUCCUUUGAGGCGGAAUAACUGCACCAUAUUCCUGGGGUAUACCUCUAACAUGGUUUCCUGUGGUGUUCGGGAGUCCAUUCGUUUCCUUGCUCAGCACAAUCUCAUAGAUUGCAUUGUUACCACAGCAGGAGGGGUGGAAGAAGAUAUCAUCAAGUGCUUGGCACCAACAUAUUUGGGGGAUUUCUCUUUAUCUGGAAGGGAACUCAGAGACAAAGGAAUCAACCGUAUUGGAAAUCUCCUAGUACCAAAUGAUAACUACUGUAAAUUUGAGGAUUGGUUGAUGCCCAUUUUGGAUCAGCUACUUGAAGAACAGAAAGAGAGUGGUGUUGCAUGGAGCCCUUCAAAAUUGAUCUCAAGGAUUGGUGCUGAGAUCAAAGACCCUUCAUCUAUAUGUUAUUGGGCAUCCAAAAAUGACAUACCAAUCUUCAGCCCUGCCCUGACUGAUGGCAGUCUUGGUGACAUGCUCUAUUUCCAUUCUUAUCGCAAUCCUGGACUCGUCCUGGAUAUACUACAAGACCUGAGAGCCAUAAAUACCAUGGCAGUGAAAGCAGUCAAUAGUGGGAUGAUCAUUCUUGGUGGAGGCCUUGUCAAGCAUCAUAUUUGCAAUGCCAACCUUAUGAGGAAUGGAGCUGAUUUUUCUGUUUUCAUCAACACUGCCAGUGAAUUUGAUGGAAGUGACAGUGGUGCCAGACCAGAUGAAGCUAUUUCAUGGGGAAAGAUUCGUAAAGAAGCCACUCCUGUUAAGGUCUAUGGAGAUGCAAGCUUGGUUUUUCCUCUCCUGGUGGCUCAGACCUUUGCAAAACACCACUGGAGAGAUAGGAAUGCUGAAGUUUCUGCUGUUAAUGUGAUAUCCCAUAACUUGUGAUACUUUUUUUUUCUUAAUUUUGACCCAUGUUCCUUGUCAUAUCUCAUCUCAAGGGGGAAUUUUGUAGUGCUGAAGGUGAUAUGCACUAUCCUGACCAA